AUGGGUAUAAAGACGUAUAAGAAGCAGAAGACGCCAAAGCGUAGUGAAAAAGAAGCCGCAUCCGUCAAACCGAAGGCUCGGAAGUUAUACACCAAUUGCUGUGCGGAAAAUCGGUGUGCGUGCUUAUGGACGAUGAAUCAUACGCUAAAUGUCAAUGAGAGAUUGUUUGGCUCCUGCAAAAACUACAUUAGCACCUGCCAACAUGGCUUCUUUCCUGGCCGCUCCGUCGAAACGAAUCUCGUCAGCUUUACGUCUUUCUGCAUGGAAAAUGUAUCUAAGAAACUCCAAGUGGAUGCCAUCUACACAGAUCUUAAAGUCUACACGUUUGAUAAAGUUGUGCACGUCAUUCUACUAGCAAAACUGGACAAAAUUGGAUGUUCUGCUCCCUUCUGCAGUUGGUUGAGAUCAUACCUCGUACAACGGCAAGUUACUGUCUGCAUCGGAAACUACUCAUCUUACUGCUUCUCGAACAGUUCCGGAGUUCCACAGGGAAGCAUACUGGGACUACUGCUCUUCUCUCUAUUUGUGAACGAUGCAACGUUUAUCCUGCCUAGCGGAGUGGAGAAAAAGUGUGAAGAAUUAUUUCAACGUGGAGUUCAAAGAGGUCCAGAAGAUCGUUACACUGUUCCCCUACCCAAAAACGAAGACGUUCUUCCUAACCUGGGCGAGUCACGGGACAUCGCAUUCCGACGUCUUCUCGGAACGGAACGGAGGUUGGCAAGGGACGCCAACUUACGGGAACAAUAUAUCGGAUUCAUGGACGAGUACCUGAAACUGGGACACAUGCGCAAGGUCGAAGAAACGGCGGAGGGACCGGUGAAACGGUGUUAUCUUCCCCAUCACCCGGUGGUCAAGGAGGCGAGUACCACCAUCAAGGUCAGAGUAGUCUUCGACGCCUCGUGUAAAACGUCAUCCGGAGUGUCCUUAAACGAUGUGCUUCUGGUAGGGCCAGUUGUGUGGGAAGAUUUGAGGUCAAUUAUCCUACGCAGUCGGAUGAAGCAGAUUCUCCUCGUAUCGGACGUCGAGAAGAUGUUCCGACAAAUCCUUACGUGGCUGAAGGAUCGACCACUCCAGACCGUAUUAUUUCGCUUUUCUCCGGACGAGGAAGUCGCAGUGUACGAACUGAACACCGUUACGUAUGGAACCAAACCCGCACCAUUCCUGGCAACACGAACUCUCCGACAGCUGGCUGCUGACGAAGAAGACCGAUUUCCGCUCGCGGCAAGAGCAAUUCGUGAGGACGUCUAUAUGGAUGACGUCAUCACCCGUACGGACGAGGUGGAUGCAGCUAUCAGUCUCAGAAACCAGUUGCCCGAGAUGAUGCUGUGUGGUGGUUUCAAGCUCCGAAAGUGGGCUUGCAAUGUUCCCGAAGUUCUGGAAGGCGUACCCGAAGAAAACCUGGCUCUUCGAGACCCUAAAGGAAUCAACCUGGAUUCUGAUCAAUCCGUCAAAACGUUAGGACUAACGUGGAUGCCUAUUACCGAUACCCUUCGAUUCCAGUUCACAGUUCCUCCGAUCGAACCUGGUGUCCCGUUGACGAAGCGUCGAAUAUUGUCACUAAUCGCAACGCUGUUCGAUCCGCUUGGAUUGAUUGGUGCUACGACUUCGUCUGCCAAGAUCUUCAUGCAGCAGCUUUGGACGUUGCAAGACGAGACCGGCAAUCGGUUGGAUUGGGAUCAACCAGUACCUUUGAUGGUGGGUGAAAAUUGGCUGAAAUUUCACGAAGAACUCCCAUUGUUGAAUGAAAUUCGAGUCGAUCGCUGUGUCAUGAUUCCCAAGGCAGUACUAGUGGAAAUACACUGCUUUUCAGACGCGUCGAAUAAGGCGUAUGGUGGUUGCGUCUACAUAAGAAGUCAGGAUUCCAGCGGAACAAUCAAGUCUAUCCCACGAUUAGAGCUCUGUGGUGCGCUAUUAUCGGCCCAGUUAUACGAAAAGGUCAAGGAUUCUACUCGGUUAGCGGUUCAGACUUUCUUCUGGACAGAUUUAACAUGUGUGCUGCGUUGGAUCGAAUCUACGCCAGCAACAUGGACCACGUUCGUUGCCAACAGGGUGGCAAAAAUUCAAACGCUAACGGAGGGAUGGCAAUGGAGACAUGUGCCUGGUACAGACAACCCAGCGGAUCUAAUAUCGCGUGGAGUGUCACCCGAAGAUAUCGACAAUGAGCUUUGGUGGGAAGGUCCGAAUUGGCUGAAGGAGGCUCCAGAAGCAUGGCCUGGUGCUGUCGAAGAAAUCCCAGAAGCAUGA